AUGCAAGCUGCAAAAUUGGACCUGCCUGUGUGCAGGUAUCCUUCUCCUGUGCUAAAGGGAGAGGUUAAGCCAGUCUCCGGCUCCAGGGUCCUAACUGAUUUAGAUGAAGAUCAGCUCGAGGUCAAACUGGAGGGUUUAUUGCCGGGUGGGUGCUGGAGGCCACUCGGCUGCAGAGCCCGCAAUGGCAGCGUGGCUGUCAUCAUCCCUAGCCAUGGUCGCCGGGGCCAGUUGUUGACACUGCUGCUGUACCUGGUCCCGUUGUUGCAGCGACAGCAGCAGGACUUCUGUAUCUACACGGGGAACCAAAGCCGCACGAGUGCUGGCGAGCGAUUUAACAAAGGAGCGAUUGUCGAUGCGUUGUUCACAGAGGCCAUGAAGGAACGGAACUGGACCUGUGUGUGCAUCCAUGAUGUUGACCUUAUCCCGGAGAACGACUACAACUCGUAUUCAUGCCCCCAUACUCACGUGCGCAAUCUAAUGGCUGGCCUGAGCAAGUGGGACUACCAGCUGGCAUACCCGCAGGUGUUUGGCGGCUGCACCGUGAGCAUGAGCUGGCACUUUCGCCUGUACAACGGCUUGAGCACAGUGUUCUGGGGAUGGGGUUCGGAAGAUGAUGAUCACCGCCGCCGGCUCACCUGGGCAGGACUCACCUGGCAGCGGAGUGCACUCGAUGUGGGUCGCUUCACUCACAUUCAGCACCGUCAGUCCGCUACCAAUCCCGAUCGAUUUGCCCUGGUGCCGAGAGCUGAACAACUGCAGAAAACACACGGCUUGAACAGUUUGAAGUACAGCGUAAUGCAUAGGCAGUCACGUCGCUUGUAUUCCGCUUUCGUGUUCCACCUGCCCAAUCAAGGUCCGUAA